AUGGCUAAGGGUCCUGAUAAUAAGAUCACAGACAAAGAUAUUGCUAAUGGGAAAAAGGAGAGGGAAUGUCGAAGAAGGGUUGAAAUCAAGAGAGUUGAAGACAAGAACAAGCGUCACGUGACCUUCUCCAAGCGCAAAAGGGGUAUUUUCAACAAAGCCGCGGAACUCAGCGUUUUGACUGGCGCAGAGACGGCUGCAAUUGUCGUGUCAAGCAAUGGCAAGGUUUUCUGCUUCGGAAGCCCCUCCCCUGACGCGGUCAUUGACCUCUACCUUGGCGACAAUACCUCCUUACUACCGGAAGGUCAACCAGAUAAUCAUCUCCAAAACAACAACAUUCACCAUUCUAGUAGUAAAAAACAAAUAGAGGAUUAUGUGAAAGCUUCGAGACGCUUGAAGGAAGCGAAAAUACUGAAGGGUGGGAAGAAUAGUAAUAAUAAUGGAGGAGAAGGAGGGGAAACAGGGUGUUCUUAUGGGUGGUGGGAGAGGUGGAUUGGGAUGAUGAGUAGUUUGGAAGAAUUAGAAGAGUACAGGGAUGCCCUGUACAAGUUGAAACACAACGUGGAGGUUCGAACUAAUCAGAUGAUUCGGGAAACUAGUCCUUCCAAUCACUUUUCCCCACUUUUGUUUAUGGAUGAUAUCUGGAGUUCUCCUGAAUUAAGCCAGGGUCAAGGGUGGCCCCGGAAUUUAAUUUCUUCAUAUGAUAUCGAUGUAAAGAAGUAUGAUUGGAACGGAGUUACCUAUCUUUUGUAA